CCGCCGGGCCGGCAGCAUGGGGGCCGGCCGGCCGGCUCUGCCAGCCGGGCAGCCCCAGCAGCGAACCGCCGCUGCCGUGUAGGCUGCCUGGGCACCGGAGGAUCCUCAUGGAUUGAGCAGGGGUUGCGGUUUUUUCCCUUUUAUUUUUUUUAGUGGGUGCGUUGGGUUUUUUUUCGGCUUUGUAUGGUUUUAUUUCCUUUUUUCUUCUUCUUCUCCUAAUUACGGGUGUGGAAGAUGAAAUGCUUCUCGCGCUAUCUGCCUUACAUCUUCAGACCGCCCAGCGCCAUCCUCUCCUCCAGCUGCCACGCGGAAGCUGACAUCAUCUCUACAGUCGAAUUCAACCACACUGGAGAAUUACUAGCAACAGGGGACAAGGGGGGCCGCGUUGUAAUAUUUCAGCGUGAGCAGGAGAGCAAAAACCAGCCCCAUCGUAGGGGAGAGUACAAUGUCUACAGCACCUUCCAGAGCCACGAGCCGGAGUUCGAUUACCUGAAGAGUUUGGAGAUAGAGGAGAAGAUCAAUAAGAUCCGAUGGCUCCCGCAGCAGAAUGCAGCCUACUUCCUGCUCUCCACCAACGAUAAGACUGUGAAGCUAUGGAAGGUCAGCGAGCGGGACAAGAGACCGGAGGGAUACAAUCUCAAGGAUGAGGAUGGCCGUCUCCGAGACCCCUCCAUGAUCACCAUGCUGCGGGUGCCCGUGCUGCGGCCCAUGGACCUGAUGGUGGAGGCCACCCCCCGGCGGGUGUUUGCCAAUGCACACACCUACCACAUCAACUCCAUCUCCGUCAACAGCGACUAUGAGACCUACAUGUCGGCAGAUGACCUGAGGAUAAACCUGUGGAACUUUGAAAUCACAAAUCAAAGUUUUAACAUCGUGGACAUCAAGCCGGCCAACAUGGAGGAGCUGACGGAGGUGAUCACAGCCGCUGAGUUCCACCCACACCACUGCAACACCUUUGUCUACAGCAGCAGCAAAGGCACCAUCAGGCUGUGCGACAUGCGCACCUCUGCCCUCUGCGACCGCCACGCCAAGUUUUUUGAAGAGCCUGAAGACCCAAGUAAUCGGUCGUUUUUUUCUGAGAUCAUCUCCUCAAUCUCCGACGUCAAAUUCAGCCACAGUGGGAGGUACAUCAUGACCCGGGACUAUCUCACCGUCAAGGUGUGGGACCUGAACAUGGAGAACCGGCCCAUCGAGACCUACCAGGUUCACGACUACCUGCGGAGCAAGCUCUGCUCUCUCUACGAGAACGACUGCAUCUUCGACAAGUUCGAGUGCGUCUGGAACGGCUCCGACAGCGUCAUCAUGACUGGCUCCUACAACAACUUCUUCCGCAUGUUCGACCGCAACACGAAGCGCGACGUGACGCUGGAGGCCUCACGGGAGAACAGCAAACCCCGCGCCAUCCUCAAGCCCCGCAAGGUCUGCGUGGGCGGCAAGCGGAGGAAAGACGAAAUUAGCGUGGACAGUCUGGACUUUAGCAAAAAGAUCCUGCAUACAGCUUGGCACCCCUCCGAGAAUAUCAUUGCCGUGGCAGCAACAAAUAACCUGUAUAUAUUCCAGGACAAGGUUAACUAGGAGGACAAGUUGUUCUUUAGGAAUCCCAUGUACUGAAUACUAGUAAACACAAGAUUUCAAGUGUUUCCUUCCUUUCUUUCUUUCUUCCUUUCUUCCUUUCUUCCUUUCUUCCUUUCUUCCUUUCUUUCUUUCUUCCUUUCUUUCUUUCUUUCUUUCUUUCUUUUCUUUCUUUUCUUUCUUGUUUGUCCUUUUCCUUCCUCUUCCUUUGUUCAGUUGUUGCUCUGCAGGUAGCGGCCGUGCGGAGGCAGGUGCUCCUGCCCCAGCGCAGGGGCAGCAGGAAGCACCGGCAGGCACCAGCUCUCUUCAUCUGCGCCUUGAGGACCACGACACGGCGUGGGGUGGUGUGGGGUGGCUGUCCCCAGGCGACUGAUGGUGGCUGUGGCCGGUUGCCCGCGUGGCGGGUGCGGGCCGGCUGGGAGGAGCAGGGCUGAGUGCGGGGCGCGGGCUGCGGGGGCUCUGGGCACGGCCCUCCCACUCUGCUUGAAAACUGCACCCUAGAAAUAGCGCACCUGUUACGUCGCAAGGUCAACACGUUGUCCCCUUUGCCAUUUUUAACAAUUGUCUUGUUAUUACUUUGAGUUUUUACCAACAGAGAUGGCAAAACCAAAUGUAAAACGGAAAAGUUCAGAUUUGCAAUGGACAAGCUUAAAGGGGGGGCUCUGCUGCACCCCGUGUCUGCCCUGGCCAGGCUGCUGCCCUCCCCCACCCCACAGAAACCCUCCCGAGGAUUCGGCUUUGUAGAUACUGUGGUGCCUUUUUUGGUAUAUGAAAUACCUUUAUAAACGAUGCUUCCAAACUGCAUUGAUUGCAAACCAAACUGAACCCGGGCUUUUCUUCUGCGUUUCCUGUCUUUUGCUUCGGUCGUUUUCACUUGUUCUGUUGUAAGCUCUGGCAUGUCGUGACUCUCUCUUUUUUAAAAACUUAUUUAUUUAUUCGAGGUGUUUUGUUUUUUUAAUAGAUUAAGUUGCUAAUUUAUGACCUUCUAAAAGAAAGAAAGAAUCCAACCGUCUGUUGCUGUCAGCAGCUGACUGCUUCAGAGAGAGGCUGUCUGUGUCCUGCAGUAAGGUGAUAAUGAUGAUGGUAAUAAAUCUGGUAACUCUUCCUCUUUGCGUGGUGAGGCAGCCCCUUUCUACUCAAAAGAUUGUUCAGGCCCCUCUUUUACUUGAGCAGCUGUUCAAGUAAAAACAAAGGAAACCUACUGAAUUCUCAGUCAACCUGAAAACUGCUCCUGCGACGGAAAGCAAACGAGUAAAUGGAAGUUAAAACAUUCAUCGGUGUAGCUUUAGACGUGGCUCGGUGAGGGUGACCCAUCAGGGCGUCCCACAGUGCCCACGUCCCGGUGGGGGUGGGCACGUGCCUCUGGGAGCCAGGGCCUGCAGGGCCUGGGCACGGCCUUGAUGCGGCCUCCGUGGCCACGCAGCCGCCGCGCCUGCAGACGAGACGCAGCGAGCGGAGCAGCCGCGCCCACGGGGAGCACAGGGCCGGCGCAGGAGCGGGAGCUGCGCGGCGCAGGGCAGCGGCCGUGCCCCGGAGUGCCCCGCGGAGCCCCGCUGAGGGAGCCUCGGGGCUGACCUGCGGGGAGAGCUGCAGAGGAGCCUUGGCGCGGGAGCAACCGACGUGCGCUGGCUCAUCGAUUCCUUGCAGCUGGUGGCUUUCAGGACUAACCUUUUUUUUAAAAAAAUGAAAUAGUAAAAAAAAAAUAGCAGGAGUAAAUGAACAGUUUUUAAAAAAAAGGUGUUCUUUUCUGGUUCCUAUGAAGAAAGCCUGUGCUCUGGUACCAGAA